AUCCUGCUCUCUCAUUGGCUGGGAGCUUUGUUUAUCUUUGCGUCCGAUGUAAAGUUCGGUUUCGUUUACAACCUGUCAAAUCCGAGGACCGCUGUGAAACAGUCAACACCGCCUCGCAGAUCACGUAGAAAGAAGAUGCUUUUUUUCAUCCUUCAGUUCACUCUUUGAGGAUUUUGUUAAGACACCUGGAGAAAGAUCCUCUCUCAUAUAAACUGAAAAACAUCAACCCUAGGAAGAAUGAACUUGUGUUAUCAGUCCAUCACUUUACAUCCUUCCCAAUAACUAUUCACCUGCACUUUGGCAGGCCUCGUUCAGCCUCUCCUCUACCUCUCUAACUCACAUUCACACGCUUCGGCAGUGACCCACCGCUGCUCCUGCAGGCUGGGUACGGAGCUGGUCUGGCCGUGUGCCCCUCCAGCUCUGUGUGUUAGUGUGAGAUGGCGCGGCAGGAAGCAGAGGGUCGCUGCCGCUGUGGACUGUAAUGUCAGAGCCCAGCAGCCCCGGCGAGAGCCAGUGCGGCGCUCCCAGAUUCUUCGUGGGCUGCGCGGAGGAUGAGAGCGAAGGCCUGGACGACUACACCAGCAUGAUGACAGACAUGGAGCUGUACGAAGACGACCUGGAGGAUGACUCGCCUCCAGAGCGUCAGAUCGUGGUGGGGAUUUGCUGUAUGAUGAAGAAAUCCAAGUCCAAACCCAUGACUCAGAUCUUGGAGCGUCUUUGCAAGUUUGAGUACAUCACAGUGGUCAUCUUUCCAGAGGACGUCAUACUCAAUGAGCCGGUGGAGAAGUGGCCACUCUGUGACUGCCUGAUCUCAUUUCACUCUAAAGGUUUCCCCUUGGAUAAGGCAGUGAGUUACGUAAAACUCCGCAACCCGCUGCUCAUCAAUGAUCUUAAUAUGCAGUAUUACAUACAGGAUAGGAGGGAGGUAUAUCGUAUCCUGCAGGAGGAGGGGAUAGAUCUGCCACGCUAUGCUGUGUUAAACCGCGACCCUGACAAACCUGAUGAGUGUAACCUGGUUGAGGGAGAAGACCAAGUUGAAGUUAACGGUGAAGUCUUUCUAAAGCCCUUUGUAGAGAAGCCAGUUUCUGCUGAGGACCAUAAUGUGUACAUCUACUACCCAACUUCAGCUGGAGGAGGCAGCCAGCGUCUCUUUAGAAAGAUUGGGAGCAGAAGUAGUGUUUACUCUCCAGAGAGCAGUGUGAGGAAAACUGGCUCCUAUAUCUAUGAAGAGUUUAUGCCAACUGAUGGCACAGAUGUAAAGGUGUAUACAGUAGGGCCAGAUUACGCUCACGCAGAGGCUCGUAAGUCCCCUGCUCUCGACGGGAAAGUUGAGCGAGACAGUGAAGGCAAAGAAAUCCGCUACCCAGUCAUGCUCACUGCCAUGGAGAAGCUUGUGGCCCGUAAAGUGUGUCUGGCAUUCAAGCAAACAGUGUGUGGGUUCGACCUUCUCCGAGCCAAUGGCCACUCAUAUGUGUGUGAUGUCAAUGGAUUUAGCUUUGUGAAGAAUUCCAUGAAGUACUAUGAUGACUGUGCUAAAAUCCUGGGAAAUAUUGUGAUGAGGGAGCUGGCUCCUCAGUUCCAGAUCCCCUGGUCCAUACCUACAGAGGCAGAGGACAUUCCUAUUGUACCCACUACAUCAGGGACCAUGAUGGAGCUUCGCUGUGUGAUUGCUGUGAUCCGUCAUGGAGAUCGUACACCAAAGCAGAAGAUGAAGAUGGAAGUGCGGAAUCCCAUGUUCUUUGAGCUUUUUGAAAAAUAUGGUGGGUAUAAAAUGGGCAAGCUGAAGCUAAAGAAACCCAAACAACUCCAGGAAGUUCUGGACAUUACCAGGACACUUUUGGCAGACAUAGGACAGCAUACUGACUGUGAAAUAGAGGAGAAGUCGUCCAAGCUUGAACAACUUAAGACUGUUCUAGAAAUGUAUGGCCAUUUCUCUGGAAUCAAUAGGAAAGUGCAGCUAACAUACCUUCCUCAUGGACAACCCAAAACAUCCAGUGAGGAGGAAGAUACUCGUAAGGAGGGCCCCUCCAUACUGCUGGUGCUGAAGUGGGGAGGAGAGCUGACUCCAGCUGGCAGAGUUCAGGCAGAAGAACUCGGCAGGGCUUUUCGCUGCAUGUAUCCUGGAGGUCAAGGGGAUUAUGCUGGCUUUCCAGGCUGCGGCCUGCUCAGGCUCCACAGCACCUACCGGCACGACCUCAAGAUCUAUGCCUCUGAUGAGGGCAGAGUGCAAAUGACUGCUGCUGCCUUUGCAAAGGGUCUCUUGGCACUGGAAGGGGAACUGACACCAAUCCUGGUCCAGAUGGUAAAGAGUGCAAAUAUGAACGGCCUGCUGGAUAACGAUAUCGAAUCCCUCAGUGGCUGUCAGCAGAGGGUUAAGGCUAGACUUCAUGAGAUCAUGCAGAAAGACGAAAUCUUCACAGAAGAAGACUUUGACAGGCUGGCUCCAACAUGCAGUAGCUCUCUGGUGAACUCUAUGAAGGCUGUGGAGAAUCCAGUUAGUAUGUGUGAUCAAGUCUACACCCUUGUCCAGAGCCUCACCUCACAGAUCCGCAAAAGACUUGAAGACCCCAAAUCAGCAGAUUUACAGCUGUACCACAGUGAGACACUGGAGAUGAUGCUGCAGCGCUGGUCUAAGUUGGAAAGGGACUUCCGCAUGAAGAGCGGCCGCUAUGACAUCAGCAAGAUUCCUGACAUUUACGACUGUGUUAAGUAUGAUGUGCAGCACAACAGCUCUCUGGGCCUAGAGGACACAUUGGAACUCUUCAAGCUCUCUCGAGCACUAGCCAACGUUGUCAUACCACAGGAGUACGGCAUUAAUAAGGUGGAGAAGUUGGAUAUUGCAUAUGCUUACUGUCUGCCUUUAGUGAAGAAGAUUCAGCUUGACCUUCAGAGGACACAUGAGGACGAGUCUGUAAACAAGCUGCAUCCACUAUAUUCACGUGGAGUGCUGUCACCAGGCAGGCAUGUCCGAACUCGGCUGUAUUUCACGAGUGAGAGUCAUGUCCACUCCCUGCUUAGCAUCUUCCGUUAUGGUGGCCUAUUGGAUGAGGUGAAGGACCAGCAGUGGAAGAGGGCCAUGGAUUAUCUGAGUGAAGUGACUGAGCUCAACUACAUGACCCAGAUCGUUAUUAUGCUCUAUGAAGACAACAAUAAGGACCCAUCCUCUGAAGAGCGCUUCCAUGUGGAACUGCAUUUCAGCCCUGGGGUCAAAGUAUCUGAGGAGGAGAGCGCUCCAAUGGGCUUUGGCUUCCGACCAGCCUCUGCUGAAAAUGAUCAGAAGCAAACAGACCCUGGUAGUUUGGAAAAUCUUGUGCGAGAUGAGCCUGACCGCGCUUUGCCCCUUUCAGAGACCAUGAGCACACAGAGGAAAUCCCCUCUGAUCCGGAAUCGCAAGACUGGCUCCAUGGAGGUCCUGUCAGAAAGCUCGUCCUCUAAAGGGGGCAGCUAUCGCCUCUUCCCCUCCUGCUCACGUCAGUCUCCAGAGAUGAAGCAGAGCGGAUUAGGCUCUCAGUGCGCUGGUCUCUUCAGCACCACCGUCCUGGGGGGCUCCUCUAGUGCCCCCAACCUUCAGGACUACGCACGCACACACCGCAAAAAAUUCUCCUCGGGCAGUUUGACCUAUAAAGACGAGUUGUUGUCUAUGCCGGCAGUAAAGCGAUUUUCUGUGUCGUUUGCAAAGCAUCCGACUAAUGAAACCCUGCAAGAGCACCAGGUAGCCCAGCUGCUGAGGCGCUUUUCCACCGACCCCAAUAUUGGCCACCCGUUCUGUUUGGACAGUGCUUUUGCCCACCACCUCCAUCAGUGCUCCUACCAUCUCCGCCUCUUCCGCAACUGGUUAAUCUCUGGCCAGGACCCACUAGAUUACCUCUACGGUCAGCCCUGUGGAGGUCCCUCCGUGCCCUGCUGUGCCGUGACUGCAGUUUUGAAGGCUGCUCCAUGGUGCCCUCCAUCUACCCCCUGGAGACCCUCCACAACUCACUCUCACUCAAGCAAGUGAAUGAGUUCCUGACGACUGUGUGUGAGAAUGCAGGAGAUUCCCACACCAGGACAACCAGAGCUCUCUCAGCCAUGUUUGACUCCCAGAACCACCCCACAGGGGACUCCUACAUCCCUCACAGAGUGCUGUCCUCCUCUGUUUCACUGCGCCAGCGCUCUGAUCGGCCGCCCUGGUACAGCAGUGGUCUCUCCUGUA